CACUUUGCGAGUGUACUUUGGCGUUGUCCGCCGCAAGGGCAGCGCAAUCGCGACGCCAAACAACACUCGCAAAGUGAGCAACAUGGGCCGAAGCCCGGUGCAAAACUCUUUGGUGCGGCCUUAACCGGCGUGGGCUUCAAAUUGGCAAAUGACCCAAUGCAGGCCACGCGCCUCAGUGGUCGCACAAGUGGGGCGUCGAAGCACACCGCGCGCCCAUUUCUGAUGGGAUAUGUCCCCAGCGUGCUGCUCCGCGGUGGCGACGUGAUUGCCCCAUGCCCGGUCUCUGCGCGCCUCCGCGGCCCGGAAGCAAGCCAUUUCGAGAGCAGCGAGGCGUUUCGUGGCCUAAGUGUGUCUACGGGGGGCGCGCCCGUCCGUUUGGAAGCCCACCUUCCCCCGCCGCGGAAGAUGCUUUGGCGCCGCGCGCUCUCGCAACACGAACGCCAUGCCACGCACACACCCCCUCCCCCCUCCGAGACACGGGGGGUUUGCACGCCGCUAUCCACCUGA